AAAAAAAAAAAAAAAAAACAAUGGUAAAGGUAGUGGCAAUUCGUAAUUUCAAGCACUUGAAGGUCUCCUUUGCUUAUUGUCACCGGCUCUAAAAUCUUCGCCUGGCAUCCACAUUCCAUUGCAACAACAGAGUAUAGACUCUGCAUUUUACAGCGCAAGCUCAGGUCACCAACUUCCUCGGCGACGCCUUUUUUCACCAUUAGAAUUAUCUAUAGAAGUGAACCACUGCCAGGCAUUUGAUGACUUGGAGUCUUGGAGAUGACAUACAAAGUUAAGAUUAUGCUCCAUUGAGUAGCAUUCUUGAACUUGAAGCUUUGGCAAGUUGUGUUAGACUAGGAACUUGUUAGGUGAGAUUUGAGGAGGUAAGUAUCUAAGAUAUUGAAUCUACAUUUGAACGGACAUUAAAAUCUGGUUUAUGAAUAUAUGGAAGUUCGAGGGGCUGUAUAUUCUGGGAAUGAAACAGUUGAUCGUGCUUUGACUCCGCUAAAAUUGAUCAGGGGUAUUGUGUGUUUAGUCGUGUUGGUUGUAACAGCAUUUAUGAUGCUAGUAUAUUUUGGCUUUUUGAGUGCUGUUAUACUGAGACUUUUCAGCAUACAUUAUAGCAGGAAAGCAACAUCUUUUUUCUUUGGUGCUUGGCUAGCUUUAUGGCCUUUCCUCUUUGAAAAGAUAAAUAAGACCAAAGUCAUUUUUUCUGGUGAAACUGUUCCUGCAAAGGAACGUGUUUUGCUUAUUGCAAACCACAGAACUGAGGUUGAUUGGAUGUACUUGUGGGACCUUGCAUGGAGGAAAGGUUGUUUGGGAUACAUAAAGUAUGUCCUCAAGAGCAGUUUGAUGAAAUUACCUGUGUUUGGUUGGGGAUUCCACAUUUUGGAGUUCAUCUCAGUAGAGAGGAGGUGGGAGGUUGACGCAUCAAACAUGCACCAAAUGCUUUCAAGUUUUAGGGAUCGCCAAGAUCCCCUCUGGCUUGCUCUCUUCCCUGAAGGAACGGAUUUCACUGAGCAGAAGUGCAUUCGGAGUCAAAGAUAUGCAGCUGAAAAUAACUUGCCAGUCCUGAAAAAUGUGUUGGUCCCAAAAACCAAGGGCUUCUAUGCCUGCUUGGAAGAUCUGAAGGGCUCUUUGGAUGCAGUUUAUGAUUUGACCAUUGGUUACAAACCACGGUGCCCAACUUUAUUAGACAAUGUUUUUGGCGUGAACCCCUCUGAAGUUCAUAUUCAUGUUAGGCGCAUAGCUCUUGAUGAAAUCCCACAUUCUGAAAAAGAAGUUGCUGCUUGGUUGAUGAAGACAUUCCAACUAAAGGACCAAUUACUUACAAAUUUCUAUUCCCAAGGCCAUUUCCCUCAUCAAGGUACAGAAGGUGACCUCUCAACAGUGAAGUGCUUUGUAAAUUUUGUGGCAGUAAUACUUUUGAUUGGCACAUGUAUGUUUUUCACUUUUUUCUCAUCAAUUUGGUUCAAGAUUUAUGUAUCUUUAGUAUGUUGUUAUUUGGCAUCUGCAACCUAUUUCAACGUUCGUCCAAUGCCACUUCUUAGCUUUCUGAAAACUGUUGCUAGGUUUUAAACCUCUCAAUGCAGCAAAAAGAAUUUCUCCCAGGUGAAUUCUAUAGAGCCCAUAAUUUAAGUUUCUUUGCCUGCUAGAGAUAUGCUGUUGCUUCGUCAAACUAAUUAGCAACUUUUGAAGUU